AUGAAUCUUUCACCAUUACAAUUGGAUACAAAUUGUUUCAAUACUACAUCUCAUUAUCAUUCUGCAUACUAUACUAAUAAUACAUCAGCUUGGUCAUCAUCCUCAUCAUCAUCACCACCACCACCACCAACAUCUUUACUUUGUCCAUCGACAAUAACAAACUAUCAACCUUCAUUUAUACCAUCUGUUCUUCAACCUAUUGAAAAUUAUUGUUCAAUUGAAUCAUUUUAUCCAUUAGGAUCAGAACCAAUAGCAUCUUCAUCCGAUAUACCUUACUAUCCUUCAUCAACUCCUCUUCCUCACCCUCUUCCUACUCAUUCAAUUCAUCCUUAUCCAACAAAUGAUUUCAUUGUUUCAUCAUCAUCUUCAUCAGCAAUGAUUUUACCUCAAAAUCGUGCUAAUUAUACACGUCAUCAACUUGUUAUGCUUAAUGAAAUCUUUAAAAAACAUAAAUAUCCAAAUAGUUUACAAAAAACUUUAAUUUCAAAACAUAUUGGUGUAUCACGUGAUCAAAUACGUAUAUGGUUUCAAAAUAAACGUCGAAAAGUACAAUUAAUUACUAAAGGUCAAGCUAAACAAACUAAAACUGAUGUUGAAUGUGAAUAUGGAGAAUAUCGACGACAUUUACCAAAUAAUUUUCUUGAUGAUUUAUUUCAAGAAUUAUAUAAAGCACGUGCUGCACCAGCACGAUUACCAGUUAAACGUGAUAAUAAUUCAAAAAUAAACAAUACUGAACAUGAACAUCUUUUAUAUUAUCCACCAAUGAAUUCAACAACUUAUUGUUAUCAACCAAAUAAUAUAAUUGAACAUGAUGAUUCAUCACAUGGACAAAACGAACAACAAUACUCAACAAAUUAUACUUAUCAUAUGUAUUAA